GCACCAUGGCCACGGCCCCCGGCCAGCGCGGCCUCCCUUGGCGCGGCCUCUGCCUGCUCCUGGCCCACCACUUCCUGGCGGCGGCCGCCUGCAGGGAUGCCGAAUACCGCCCGGUCCUGCAGGAGCUCUGCCUCGCGCCCUUCCAGGCCCACAUGGACGCUAUCGGGCAGGCGCUGUGGUGCGACUGGGACCAGACCGUGAGGAGCUACUGGGAGCUCUGGAACUGCACCCGGCAGGUGGCCGGGCAGCUGGGCUGUGCGUGGCCCGGCGCGGCCGUGGACCGCUUCUUCGUGGCCGUGCACCGCCUCUACUUCCAGGCCUGCCCCGCCACAGGCCGGGCCGUGCAGGACCCGCCGGGCAGCGUCCUCUGCUCCUUCAUCGCGGUGCCUGUGCUCGUGACACUGCUGGUGACGCUGCUGGUGGCCUGGCGAAGUCAGCGCUCGGAGGGCGUGGUGUAG